AUGUCUUUAGCUACUGUGCUUUUCGGUGACCUUACUCCAGUUGGCCUCCAUUCAGGAGAAGUACAGACCACGAUCUUCCAAAGAGACCUUGUGCUGACGCAUGAACAGAAUUUCAAAAUCUAUCCCACGCCCAUGUCUGCCAUAACCGCUAGAUACUCUGUCGCGGUUCCGUACGCGCCCCACCAAGCCUCUGAGCUGGAAGAAGGCUCCACCAUCAGUGGUUUCGAGCUGGAGGCUCAUGAACUACAAGAUCAAUUUCCUUCUUCUCCAAGACAAAACACACCCUCAUUCAGUGGAGCAUCUCAAUGCAGUAAUGUCAAUGAUGAACAGCUCUCCUCCACUGAGAUACAGCGCUAUCUGGAAGCAAUGGAGAGCCGUAUCGAGCAACUGAUGGAAGAAAACGAGAUUCUCGCCGAAGANACUAAGAAACAUUGA